CAUCUUUUGGGAGGACUCCCUGGAAGAAGUGACUGCAGCAGGUCAGUGAUGGGCUCCACUGCGUUGCUCCACAGUCCGGAUUUGCUUCUCAUCUCACUGCUCUGCACUUUCUGCCUGGCCCAUGCCGAUGAUGUACUCACCAAAGAGGAGCAGAUAGCGCUGCUGUUCAAAGCCAAGCGCAAAUGUGAAAGCCUCAUCAAGUCGUGGCAAGGCAAGCUUCCAGAUGGUUACUGCUCACCAGAAUGGGAUGGCAUUGUUUGCUGGCCCGAAGGGGCUUCGGGAAAGCUUGUGUCCACCUCAUGUCCGGAAUACAUCUACGACUUCAACCACAGAGGGCGAGCAUACCGCCGAUGCGACGGCAACGGGACGUGGGAGAUCUCCACAGCCAACAACAAAACGUGGGCCAAUUACAGUGAAUGUGCAAAAUUCCUCUAUCAUUACAACCAGAACCAGGAGAAGGAUGUCUUUCACCGCUUGUACCUCAUCUACACCGUGGGCUACUCCGUCUCGCUGGGAUCGCUCAUAGUGGCUGUGGUCAUCCUCGGAUAUUUCCGACGCCUGCACUGCACCAGGAACUACAUCCACAUGCACCUCUUCGUGUCCUACAUGCUAAGAGCCGUGAGCAUCUUCGUCAAGGACGUCGUGCUCUACUCGGGAUCCGCCUUGGACGAUGUCCAACGUGUCACGGUGGAAGAACUCAAGUCCAUCACGGAGGCUCCGCCGGCCAACAAAGCUCAUUUUAUUGGCUGCAAGGUGGCCGUGACCCUGUUCAUGUACUUCCUGGCGACCAACUACUUCUGGAUCCUGGUGGAGGGUCUGUACCUGCACAGCCUCAUCUUCAUGACCUUCUUCUCGGACCGGAAGUAUCUGUGGGGCUUCACUCUGAUCGGAUGGGGUGUGCCGGCCAUGUUUGUGAGCGUUUGGGCGACAGUGAGGGCCACAUUUGCGGACACAGAGUGCUGGGACUUAAGUGCGGGCAAUUUGAAAUGGAUUUACCAAGUGCCUAUACUUGUAGCUGUGGUGGUCAAUUUUGUCUUAUUUUUAAACAUCAUCAGAGUCUUAGCGACCAAACUGCGGGAGACCAAUGCGGGAAGAUGUGACACCAGACAACAGUACAGAAAACUGCUGAAGUCCACACUGGUGCUAAUGCCGUUGUUUGGCGUGCACUACAUUAUUUUCAACGCCAUGCCCUACACGGAAGUGUCCGGCAUCCCCUGGCAGAUCCAGAUGCACUAUGAGAUGCUCUUCAACUCCUUCCAGGGCUUCCUUGUCGCAAUCAUAUACUGCUUUUGCAACGGGGAGGUGCAAGCGGAGAUCAAGAAGUCGUGGAGCCGUCGGACCCUGGCGCUGGACUUCAAGCGGAAGGCGCGCAGCGGCAGCAACACGUACAGCUACGGCCCCAUGGUGUCGCACACCAGCGUCACCAACGUGACCGCCCGGGCGCCGCACGCCCUCCACCUCACCACCCGGCUGGGCCCGGCGCCGGUCAACGGUCAUCGCAACCUGCCCGGUUACAUCAAAAACGGCUCGGUGUCCGAGAGCUCGGCGCCGUCGUCGGGCCACGAGCUCCACUCCGCGCCCGAGGAGCUCGGCGCCGCUCCCGCGCAGCCGUGCGAGGAGGCCGAGGAGGAGAAGCCCUCGCCCGUGGUGGUGGUGGAGGAGGAGCGGGAGACGGUCAUGUGACCCCCACCCCGCCCCUCUUAGAAAGAUGGACCCCCAAAUGACGUGGCCAAGACACUUUGAGCUGCCGCAGAAUGUGCAAGUCUUAAAACAGGCUGACUUUUUAAAUUAAUUUUAUUUCUUUACAUCCACUGCCAUCAUUUUUUGGUUUGUUUUUUGUACAU